AUGCACCAAGCAUCAGUCUUGGUUGGCUUGUCAGCACUCUUCUUGACUUGGUUGCUCUACUUCGGCUUUCGGCAGGGCACUAGCAAACUUCCUUCUGCGCCUGGGCCACUGCUCGCUCGUUUCUCCCGCUUUUGGUACCUGAGGGCUCUCAUCAGAGGUGAUUUUGAGCAGAUCAACAUCGAAUUGCACAGGAAAUAUGGCAAAAUUGUCCGCCUCGAGCCGAAUUCGUACAGUAUUGAUGACCCCGAGGCCAUCAAGACCAUUUACACCAUCUCAACUCCGUGGAUGAAGUCGAGGUGGUAUGAGCCCUCUUGUCCUCCCGGCACUUCGACCAACUUCAGCACCUCAGAUAACAAGGAUGCUACUCGAUAUCGUCGCAAUUAUGCACAAGCAUUCUCCAUGUCAUCCAUAUUGGCAUUCGAGCCAUUGAUCGAUGAAUGCGGAGAGCUCUUAAUUGAGAAGCUCAAGGCCUUCACUAAGUCAAGCGAGACUAUUGACCUGACUCACUGGUUUACCUGCUGGGCGUUUGACUGUCAAGGCCAUAUAACAUUUUCUCAACGCUUUGGGUUCCUUGACGACGGUGAAGAUAUCGGUGGCAUCUGUGAGAGCCUUCGUCAACGAAUGCCCUAUGCCACUUUUGUGGGCAUAUAUCCAGAACUGCAUCCAACCUUGUUCAAAAUGGUCAACUGGCUCGCCGGCACAGGCACAGGUAAAGUAGACUAUACCAUCUCCUAUACCAUGAAGCGUAUCGCAGAGCGAAUGGAAGAAGAAAAGCCGGAUAAGAAGGACGUGCUUGCUCAGUUCAUCGCCGGUCAGCGGCGAGAUCCUACCACUUUCACGGACUGGGAUGUUCUGAUCGGAGCCUUUGGUAACAUUGUGGCUGGCGCUGAUACAACAUGGAUCACUCUCGCCGCUAUCAUUUAUUAUCUGCUGAAGAAUCGAGGAUGUCUCGACAAGCUGCGCAGAGAGAUCGAUGAGAUGGCCGAAACAGGGUCAAUUUCGGAUCCUAUCUCUUUCCACGAGUCCCAGCGAAUGCCCUACUGUCAGGCGGUGAUAAAAGAAGGCCAGAGGAUGUACCCUGGCACUGGGUUGCCCCUGUUUCGUGUUGUCCCAAAGGGCGGGGCGAUGAUCUCUGGAACGUAUUUCCCUGAGGGAGCUGUUGUCGGCAUCAACAACUGGGUCGCGCACCGCAACAAGGACGUAUUUGGGCCUGACCCAGACGCCCUCUGCCCAGAGCGCUGGCUCGAGGGAGAUACCACAGCCAUGCAUCGCUAUUACAUACCCGUAAGUUCCGGCGGUCGUCAUACGGACGACGAGAGGUGCUGA